GAAUGGAUGUUUGAGGAGCUGUCGAGCGGAGAGGCAAAGAGCGACGACGUCGGAGCCAUACCCGCUGGAGGACGUUCAGAUAUUAUUGCAAACACCGACGUGAUUCGUUCCUAAUCCAACAAAUAUCAUUUUGAGAUCCAAUUUAGCCAAAUAAGCGUCUACUUCCGGCGACAUUUUGCGCUCCCGAUUUCUUUUUUUUUUUUCUUCAAACAUGAUUGCGUUGCUGACGCUGACUCUCCUCGUCAAAAGCGUUUUAUUGUUGCCGGUGACUCCGAGUGUGCUGGAGGAUGACGACGUCAAGGUGAUGGAAUGUGUAGUGGAGGCACUGGCAGAUGUGCUGUCCAGGCCACGCCCACUUCCUGUCAGCCAGGAAUGUCUGCACACCUUGAGGACAGACAAGCGCCUCCUGAUGCUCCUUCGCCGCUACGAUUUCCUGAAGGAGCUGCAAGAUGUCGCCACCCAAGAUGAAGCCAUGUUAAACGCGCUCGGAGGUCUCGGCGAGCGUUCCAUCCUCUCCCAGGAACCAAGGAGGUCAGAAGAGGAGGACGACGAGGGAGGUGAACACGGCGGAAUUUGGACGGCAGCCGAGAAGAGGGAAGAGGAUGACGAGCGUGAGGAAGAGGACCAUGAAGAAUCAGAAGAAAAGAGAAUAAAUACAUCCAAAGAGGAGGAGGAGGACAAGAGAUUUGCUGAAGAGGAGGAUGAAGAGGAGGGGAUGAAGAAGAGGAGCAAAGGGACUUUGCUUCGAAGGAAAUUCAAAGCUGUGGAGAAGGAUGGGCAGAAGGAAGCCCCCCAUCAUUCCAAGGAGGUCUCAGAGGAAGAGGAGGUGAAGAGGCGGAGUAAGGAGAAGAAGACAAGGAAUCGCAGUCCAGAGGAAAAGGAGUUGCAGAUGAUCUCUCGGAGGACGCCGGAGGAGGAGGACGGCAGCGCUGCAAGGAAGUCGGACGACCCAGAAGUAGAAAACCUCGCCGCCAUCAAGUCUGAGCUGGAGAACGUGUCCCAGAAACUCCACAAACUGCGGCAAGGCUGAAGCGCCAACCUCCUUUUGGGGAGCGACCGUUCUUCUUAGUGACUUUGACUCUCUCCAUCUCUUAAAAAUUCUCUUAUUGUGUUGCUUGCAUUUUAUUUAUGUAUCCCAUUUUGUCAAUGAUUUACAGUAUGAGAUAGCGAAUCACAGCGUCACAUUUUCUACCCAUUUUGAUUUAUAAAAUGAGAUUUAAACCAAGAUAAUAAUUUCAAUGGCUGUGUAGUUCUAUUUGCAUAAAAGGAAUCAUUGCAAUAAAAUCAAUAUGUUAACACCGA